CCCACCUCCGCCCCGCGCCCCGCCCCUGCUCAGCAGCAGGCAAAUUUCCAACCAUGGCGUCGUCGCUAGAAAAUCUUGAAACUCAGCUAGAGCUUUUCAUUGAAAAUGUAAGACAGAUACGCAUUAUAGUCAGUGAUUUCCAGCCCCAAGGACAAAGCGUUUUAAAUCAAAAGAUUCAGUCUCUCGUGCAUGGACUUCAGGAGGUGGACAAACUCAAAGAUCAAGUGAAGGAUGUACAUGUACCACUCGAAGUUUUUGACUACAUUGAUUCAGGCCGUAACCCUCAGCUUUAUACAAAAGACUGCAUAGAGAAGGCACUUACAAAGAAUGAACAAGUGAGAGGCAAAAUUGAUGCAUAUCGCAAGUUUAAAGCUCAUCUCCUAGUAGAACUAAACAACUCAUUCCCCAAUGAAUUGAACAAAUAUCGAGCUAUUCGUGGCGAUGAAAGGCCUUUGGCAUGACAUGUACCUAAUUUAGGAUGUUAAUUUCCUCUUCCAUUAUUUGAUAAGCAAACAAGUUUUUGAUUUUAAGUAGCUAUAUUUCCUGUUUCUGACCAAUAAAUCAUUGUUGAAUGAAGGAACUUAUUAAU